AUGGAGACGACACCUGCGGAGGACGCGGAAGCGACUCAGGCUGUCCUGUGCGCACCGAACGCGGCGCCUUUUCUUGAGUCGCCGCGUUCUGUUCCUGCAGACUCGCGGACAAGUGCGCCCGCAGCAGCCGCCAUCUCGUCGUCAAAGAGAAGAUCUAUCAGCCCCGACGACUACACUGCUGCUUCUUCACCUGGCUCUCUGUCUUCAUCUCCUUGCACUUCUUCCUGCUCUUCUUCCUCAUAUCCCUCGCCUUCCCCGCCGGCCGCUGCUUCCUCUCCACCCUCUCCUUCAUCUGCUCGCACUUCUUCGAACACCGGCUCCGUCGCGGUCGCUCUGCCGCACCCGCCACAGCUCCCUUUGCUGAAAGCUGCUGCGGUUCGCCGGCAUCUCUUGAAGGCGAGGAAGGCGAAGCUGCGGCACGCUCACCUCGCGAAAAAAAUUGCGAGACGCUUCCCCGACAUCAACAAAGUCUGGGGCGACCUGAGCAUCGACCUGGACGACGACGGCACCAGAUGCGAUAUCUGCGGAAACUACGACUCUCUUCCGGGGCACGAUGAAAUUCUUUUCUGCGACGGCUGCGACGUCGCCGUUCACCAGACCUGCUACUGCGUCGCCUCCGUCCCCGACGCUGACUGGUACUGCCAGUACUGCGAAAACAAAAACCGAGCGAAGGAAAACGUCAACAAGCUCCGCCGACUCGCGGGAAAGACCGCGGCAAAGACUUCAGACAAACUCAAAGUCGAACGGGCGCUCCGAGCGGAGAUCGACCGUCUCGAAAAAGAGAAGCAGCCGAUCUGCGUGCUACCGAAGCGGUGCCCGCUGUGUCCACGGAGUUUCGGCGCUCACGUCCGCUGCGGGGAAGGCUCCCAGGCGUGGAUUCACGUUCACUGCGCGGUCUGGCUGCCAGAGGCUUGGAUCACGCGGGUGGACGACUCGGGCGGGCUGCUGGACAUGCCCGCCUGGCGCUUUGAGAAAACCUGCGACAUCUGCGGCGUCGACGAAGGCGCCGUGAUCAACUGCUUCGUGGAGAACUGCCCUGCCGUCUUUCAUCCGAUCUGUGCAGCCUUUGCGGGCUACGGCCUCAACCUCACAGGGCAGAUUGACUUCCAGAGGAAGAACGACUCGAGCUACCACGCAUUCUGUCUCAGACACCGCGGCUACACGUACCGAGAAUCCGUGGACGCCGACGAGCCGAUUGAGUACCUUUUUCGGCACCCCGAUGCAUCGCACCCCUUUUUUCGCGCGGCGAAUCUCGUGCGCCGCAACCGAGACAUCAUCUUCUUCGCCAAGCAAUGCCACCAGGAGAACUCGACGUGGGGCCUGCGAAUGGGCGCGUAUCUCAUAAAGGAGCUAAAUGAAAACCUUGUAGCCCUCCGGGCCUUGUGGCAGCGCAUCUCAGCCUUGUGCACGCCUGCGGCUCCGCUAUGCUCCUCCGCGGGGAUGUCUGCGGAGACGACUAAAAACGCCCCGUCCUCCGUAACAGAAGGCGCUGCUGCAGAUGGCAAGCAUGCAGAGGAUGGCGGUGUAUGUACACCACGGGGCGCCGCUGCGUCGUCUGCUUCCGGGCAUACGCCAACGUCACCGCCCGCGAAAAAUGGGGAGGAAGAAGCGACAACGCCUCUAAAAGAGAACUGA